AGUAGGUGAGGAAGGCUAUACUGUAAGCUGAUAACGGUCUUUAGAUCAACUCUGCCCCCCUCGCCGGCCAUCCCCGAAAGGAACUCCAAUGGCCCCUCUCGCCCCAAGGACCGGCGAUGCGGUCUUCGCCAACGUUGAACGCGUCAAUGCGGAGCUGUUCACCCUUACGUACGGCGCGAUCGUGCGGCAGCUCCUCACGGAUCUGGAGGAGGUGGAGGAGGUUAAUAAGCAGCUCGAUCAGAUGGGUUACAAUAUUGGAGUUAGAUUGAUUGAUGAGUUUCUGGCCAAGUCCGGUGUAUCCAGUUGUGUCGACUUCAGGGAGACAGCUGAUGUGAUUGCCAAGGUUGGUUUCAAAAUGUUCUUAGGGGUCACAGCAUCUGUGACCAAUUGGGAUGCUGAGGGGACAAGUUGCAGCCUUGUUUUGGAUGAUAAUCCCCUGGUGGACUUUGUUGAGCUUCCUGAUACAUGCCAGGGCCUUUACUACUGCAACAUCUUGAGUGGAGUUAUAAGAGGAGCAUUGGAAAUGGUGUCAAUGAAGACUGAAGUCACCUGGAUCCGAGAUAUGCUACAUGGGGAUGAUGCAUAUGAGCUGCGAGUGAAACUUCUGAAGCAAGUUCCAGAGGAAUACCCAUACAAGGAUGAUGAAUGACUUCUGAAGCAAGUAAUAUCAUGUAGAUGCAGAACCUCUUUCUUUCCCAGGAAUUGGCUGCUCUUUUUAUGGUUGCACUAGUUAGUUUUCCAGGCCUUCUUAUUUUCUUGAGGUGUUCUAUUUGGAUCUAAAUUAGAAAGCUUUAUAUUUUCUACUUUGGUCAUUUGCUUUCAUAAAUGUGUAAAGGGUGUUCACAUGUUCGUUUAAAAUGCUUUUCAGGACUAGAACUUAUGGCAUACUUGGACUGCAACAGGAAAA